AUGGGUGAGUAUUAUAUUUAUAUUACAAUGUUAGCAUUUUAAAGUACAUGUCAUCUACUAAAAUACUAUAAAAUAUUUUGUAUUAACUUGAAUACACGCUUAUCUAUACGAUUGAUUGAAUAUUAUAUUUUGAUUGUUUAGCUUUUUAUAAACGUGGUGGACGUGGUGGUUUUGGUGGUGAUGGUGGUGGAGGUGUUCGUGGUCAAGGCAGUGGUAGCCGUAGAGGUCGUGGUGGUAGUGGUGGUGGUGAUAGGCCUUAUGGCGGUCCCGAAGGUUUCAAACGUGGUAAAAAUGUUAUUAUUGAACCUCAUCGUCAUGCUGGAGUUUUCAUUGCUCGUGGCAAAGAAGAUGCACUAGUCACCAAAAGCAUGAUUCCUGGUCAAACAAAUUAUGGAGAAAAGACAAUUAAUGUUUAUCAGGUAAAGAACAUAAAACCAAAUUGAUAAUUUAUACUAAACUUUUUAAAAAAUUUAGACUGAAGGAGGAAAAAUUGAAUACCGUUUAUGGAAUCCAUUUAGGUCUAAAUUGGCUGCUGCUAUAUUAGGUGGUAUUGAUGAAAUUUAUAUGCCACCCGGAUCAAAAGUACUGUACUUGGGUGCUGCUAGCGGAACAACUGUAUCUCAUGUAUCUGAUGUAGUAGGUCCUGUAAGUAUAUUAGAAUUAAACAAAUUAGGCAAUUUUAUAAUUCAAUUUAUUUUUUAUAGGAAGGUCUUGUGUAUGCAGUUGAAUUCUCACUUAGGUCUGGUCGUGAUUUGAUUAAUGUGGCUAAGAAGAGAACUAACAUCGUUCCUAUUAUUGAAGAUGCUAGACAUCCACAUAAAUAUAGAAUGUUGGUUGGAAUGGUAGAUACAAUUUUUGCUGAUGUAGCUCAACCUGAUCAAGCUAGAAUUGUAUCGAUUAAUGCCCAAUAUUUCUUAAAGAAUGAAGGUCACUUUGUAAUAUCAAUUAAAGUAAGUAUUAUUUCAAUAUUUAUUAAUAUCAAAUAUUUUUGCUUUUUAAUGGCAAGUUAAUAAUUUUUAGGCAGGUUAUAUUGAUAGUACAGCCGAACCAGCUGCUGUUUUUGCACAAGAGAUUGAAAAAUUGAAAACCGAAAAGUUAAAACCUAUGGAACAGCUUACACUAGAACCAUAUGAAAGGGACCAUGCAGUUGUUGUAGGAGUGUAUAGACCAGUUCCAAAAGAAAAAUAA